CUAAAGUAAAAGUAUCAACAUUUUUAGGUUAUGUCGAAAACAAUUUGUAAGAUUUGCAAUUUAAUUUACAGACUGGUUGAAACGGAAAAUUUGAAAAGAAGUCUUCCCUGGUAAAAGUCCACGACUGUAAAAUUUGCCCAUACGUUACAACGUCGUUUUUUCCGAUGAUGAACCACACUCGCCGCCAUCAGUCUCCCUUGGCAUCUUUUAACUGUGAAAACCCCCUUGAUUCUUACCAUUGCAAACACUGCAAUUUUCAAACCGAACUAACGUUGCUUUUGAAGCGACACAUUAAAGACCGUCAUGGAAUCAAACAAGAAAACAACGAUUUAAUUGUACAACACAAUAAUCAAAAGUACGUUUGUGAAAAGUGCGGUUUUGAGACGCAUUUUUCGCUUAAAUGGUUAUGUCACAUGCUAGAGUGUCAACAAAAUCGAUAUAAAACGAAAGAACAACCGAAUUCGAAGCAGCAGCUUUCAGUUGAGGACAAAAGCAGGUGGUUUCAUUGCGCUGAAUGUACCUUCAAGUGUAGAAAAAAAGACGGUUUGGAAAGGCACAUUAACGCACGACAUAUAGACGAUCUUGUUGCGAAAUGGUACAAAUGUGAACAGUGCUCAUUUCGAUCUAAAUACAGGCAAUCUUUGAGACGACACGUGAUUGUUUGCAAAUGGUACGAAUGCCAACAGUGUUCUUAUAAGACUAGAGAUAGUUCGAACAUGAAAACGCACGUGAUAAUCUAUCAUUCGAAUGAAAAAUAUAUCACGUGGUAUAAGUGCAAGGAGUGUCCGUUUAAAACAACAUAUGAGAGGGUUUUACAGAAACACGUGGAUGCACGGCAUUUGAACCGACGCUACAUUAAACAGCACAAUUGUGAAAAAUGUGAAUACAAAACCACGUCCCGGUAUAAAUUAAAGGAACAUAUAAAUCGGCGGCAUUUGGCCGAAGACGAAAUAGAGUGGCACCCCUGCACUCAGUGUCCUUACAAGGCUAAAAGCAAAGGCAAUCUGAAAAGACACAUCAACACACGGCAUUUCGACGAAAAGGACGGCAAGUGGUACGAAUGUCAACAGUGUCCUUACAAGGCUAGAGAUUGUUCGACCCUAACCAAGCACGUGAAAUCCGCGCAUUCGGACGAAGGCGAAAUAGAGUGGCACCCCUGCACUCAGUGUCAUUUCAAGUCCAAAACCAAAGACGGGUUGAAAGGUCACAUUAACACACGGCAUCUGGACGACCAAGACGCGAAAUGGUACGCAUGCAAACAGUGCUCUCGUAAAUAUAGAUACAAGAGGUCCUUGACGAAACACAUGAACAUUUGUCAUGGGGACGAAAAGAACUGCAAGUGGUACAAAUGUCAGCAGUGCUCGUACAAGAACAGAGACCAUUCGAACUUAAAGAGUCACGUGAUAAGCCAGCAUUUGGAUCAGUAUCACAUCAGAUGGUAUAAUUGUGACAAGUGCCAAUUCAAAACCAAAUACACCCCGUCUUUAAAGGAUCAUAUAAAUCGCUGGCAUUUGGACAAGAGUGAAAUCAACUGGCACCGCUGCAGUGAGUGUCCAUUCAGGAGCAAAAGCAAAGACGGUUUGAAAAAACACGUUAACGCACGGCAUCUGGACGAUCAGGACGCGAAGUGGUACAAAUGCAAACAUUGUCCACACAAAACCAAGCAUUGUUCGAAUUUAAAGUUGCACAUGAAAACGCAGCACCUGAAUAAACAGGAGCCAGAAUGGUACCAAUGCACUCAUUGUCCACACAAAACUAAGCAUCGUUCGAAUUUGAAGUUGCACAUAAAAAAGCAGCACGUGAAAGCGGAAAGUGACCAUCUAAUAGAAGACGAAAAGCGAGUUUGACGGAACAUGUGAAGUUUAAACAAAGCGUGUAGUGGUGGUGAAUAUCCAUUUAGACUUUAAGACAUUUUUUAUUCCAUUAAUACAGAAAAUGAAAGAAAUAAAAAUUGAAACUGUAUAACGUGUUGCAUAAUU